CUCGGUUGGAAUAGUCUGCUGUACAAUGCCAAGGCUACGCAAAGUCACUGCAGGUAAAUAGAAAGACUGCAGUCACACAUAGAGAGAGCGCUCCCAUAUCACUGCCGAAUGGCAGAGCAAAAGCGACUCUUCAUUGCUAACUCCCGCCUGCGUGCAUUCGACGUAACUUUUCAAAAGCAACUCCCCUUCGGAUGUGUAGGUUGUGUCCUUUGUCCACAGUUCGGGCUAGUAGCUGGGUUUAUUUUACGCCUGCUACGUUAGUAGCUGGGAACCAAACGAGAUGAGGGCGAAGUAGGUGGCUCGCUAGCUAGAUAAGAGUGAAGGUUGGACUGUCUGUACUGCAGUGGCUGUGGGUAGCCUUGGUUGUGGUAUGCGGACUAAGUAGCUAGCUAGCAAGGAUACGAUUGAAGAAGGAAAACACAGAGUUAAGUGUAACGGCAUUCUCGCCUGCUGUGAAGUGAAUGUUUGAAUUUGCAGUGUGUUUUAUACACGACUGCUACCAGGUUGCUAGCUAGAAGCGACAUUGAACAGAGAGAGAGAGAGGGGGAAGGAGAAACUUUCCAGCCUGACGCAGAACCGCAAACAUGCAGUUGACAGAGCUCCUUGCUUCAGGAACCUUCCUGGUCCUGCUCCUUGUUCCGUGGUCCGACAGCCUUUCCUUGUCCCCGGAAGAAGCUAACCAGUUCUUGAGGAGACACAGGAGAGCGAAUCACGUUUUUGAGGAGACGAAACAAGGGCACCUGGAGCGAGAGUGUGUGGAAGAGAAGUGUAGCAAAGAGGAGGCGAGAGAAGUAUUCGAGAACGACCCUGAAACAGACUACUUCUUUCCAAAGUACUUAGCGUGCAUGGAGAAGUUCGGAGACACGGACAAGAAGAAACAAGACCUGAUCACCUGUGUUCACAAUAUUCCAGACCAGUGCUCUCCGUCUCCCUGUAAUCCUCGAGGUACGGUGCGCUGUGAGGACAAAAAGGGUGACUUCCUCUGCCACUGCUUCACUGGCUGGACAGGAGUCCGUUGUGAGAAAGAUGUCAACGAGUGCAACAAGAGGAAUGGAGGAUGUGACCACGAGUGUAACAACACUAUGGGUAGCUACCAUUGCUCCUGUCGCCGCGGUUACAUGCUGGUCGAACGCAAGUUGUGUAACGAUGUGGAUGAGUGCCAGCAUCCAGGGAUGUGUGGGACAGCGAGGUGUGUGAACCAGGAUGGAGACUAUGACUGUCUGUGUGAGACGGGAUACGUUUACGACAACAACACCAAGACCUGCCUAGAUGUGGAUGAGUGUGAGCAGGGAGUGUGUGAGGAGUGUGUUAACACGCCCGGUAGUUUCCGGUGUUUCUGUGACGGUCGGCAGGGCAAGAAGUUGAGCCAGGACCUCAGGAGCUGUCAGGAGAUCACUACAUGUGUCUCUCUCACCAUGAAGAGGAACUCCCGUUCUCUCUACCUGGGGCGGAUGUUCAGCGGUGUCCCAGUGGUCAGGCUACGCUUCCGCAGGAGAGUCCAGACUGGGUUCUCAGCUGAGUUUGACCUCCGUACCUUUGACCCGGAGGGGGUCAUCUUCUUCGCUGGUGGUCACCUGAACAGUUCCUGGAUUGUUCUGGCAAUGCAUCAUGGGAAACUGGAGCUGCAGCUGAGGUACGGGGCGGUCAGCCGGGUCACCAGCAGCGGGCCCGUCGUCAACGAUGGACAGUGGAGAAAGAUCUCAGUGGAGGAGCAGGGGCGGAGUCUGGUGAUAAAGAUUGACAGGGAGGCGGUGAUGAAGAUAGCUGUGAACGGAGAUCUGUUCACCCUGAAGAAAGGCAUGCAUGAACUCAACCUGACUGUAGGGGGCGUCCCUUUCAAAGAGGACAGUCUCAUCAACCAGGUGAACCCGAGGUUUGAUGGCUGUAUGCGUGAGUGGCGCUGGUUAACAGGAGAGGAUACGUCCAUUCAGGAGACCAUCAGGUCUAAUGACAACAUGCAGUGUUUCAGUACAGAAAACCCCGGAACCUAUUACCCUGGGACAGGCUUCGCUCUGUUCAACAUCACAUACGCAGAGUCCCAGUCUCUGAGUAUCCAGCUGACUCUGAGACCAGCCUCCACUGUUGGGGUUCUAUUGGCACUCGUUUAUCAGGACAGCGUCCCUCUCUCCAUCUCUCUGUCCGACUACCACAGAGACAACCAGGAAUGGCGGGAGUAUGUCCUGGUCUCUGUGGGUGAUGUGAUCGUGGCCAGCGCCCCGGCCUUCCUGUGUGAUGCAGAGGUUCAUGAGGUUAACGUGACGGUCAGUGGGAACCUGACCAUACUAGAGGUGGACGGUCUGCCUGGACAGAGUCACACCACACCUGGACAGGAGACGGUUGACCUCAGCCUGCCUUCAACCACCUUUAUAGGAGGGCUCCCCGACGUGCCCCUGGUGUCGACCCUGGUGUCGUCUUUCUACCGCGGCUGCAUGGAGGUGACGAUCAACGGCCUGGCUCUGGACCUGGACGAGGCCAUCCACAAACACAACGACAUCCGCUCCCACUCCUGCCCUCUGCUGGGGGGGACCUUGUGACCGCUGCAGUCCCCUUCAGCCCCGUCCUCACUGGAGUCGGGGGAAGUUGCCCCUAGACACUGAUCUUGGGUCAGUUUGAUAUUUUCCCCAACAAAUGGUUAGGUUUAGGGGGAGUGGAAGCUGAUCCUAGAUCUGUAGCAAGGGGAAACUUCACCCCGUCCACUACAGUCCACCAUAACCCACAAGGCCUUAACCUAAGCAAGGAAUGCGUCCCAAAUAGCACUCUAUUCCCUAUAUGACCCCUAUGGGUUCUGGUCAAAACUAGUGCACUAUUUAGGGAAUAGGGUGCCAUUUGGGAUGUACCCAGAAGCUGGCCGAGUGGCCAACCCUUCUCCUGGCCAACCCUUCUCCUGGCCAACCCUUCUCCUGACCACCCUUCUCCUGGCCUACUCUUCUCCUGGACUACCCUCAGUCAUUCUGCUCUCAGCGUGAUCGAAUGUAGGAGCAGCACUCUCACAUCUGAGGUUGCUGGUUGCAGGUGCGUAGGAAAAUUCAGUGAUAUCUUGAAAACAAAAAUCUAAUAUCUCACGCUGCUCUUGCCAGUAUCUUUUAGUGUAAUAAGCUUAUAUAUCGGGCUCAUGGCCAUCGUCAGAGCUAACGGUGAUCAAACUGGAUCCAGAAGUGGAAUAGCUGGCAGUACUCCAGAAGAGGUUUGGUAAACUGACCCAGUCCCUUGUGGAAUAAAACCUAUAAGGUGUGUGGGGGUGUAUUCAGUAGCACAAGGCUUUGUUAUUGUAAAACUUGCACACCAUCGCAGGUAAAAAUGGACUGAGUUUAAUAAAAACAUCUGUUUGGUGCUUUCCAACUUAAUGCAAACUUAGUCUACCUGCAAUUUAGCUCUGCACACUGCCUACAGAUUACAGCAUAGGGCUAGGCCUUCUUAAUAUGACCCCCUUAAAAAACCUUUCUUACCCUCCAAACCAUGCUUCUAGUCCUCUACAGUUACAUCCACUCACCCUCAGCCAAUGAAACACUCCAUACUGUCCCCCUUUCACAUGCCCCUCCCUCCUUCCCUCAGUAUCAGCACACGCCAGGAAAACACUAAGCCAAUCAGAUGAGGCUAAUUAACAUGCAGUAACCAAUCAGACACACAGGGGAGGGCAUCGAGCACUGCUUCACCACACUGAGCUACUGAGAGAAUAAGAGUGUAAGCGCUGUAAUAUACUGUAUGUGUAAAUAAUGUGACUAAAUGCUUUUUAGAAAAAAUACAAAAGGAACAAAAAAAACGACCUCAACGCAUUGAGAUAAUCAUCCAAAACAGUUUCACUUCUCUAAAGAAUGUCAGAAAAACAAAGAACAUCUUUCAUUAGGCCAAAAAGGGCUGCAGUAUUUCCUCCUCUGGGAUCUAGAGUUUCUGCUGAAUUUCACAAUGGAGCGGUCGUUGGAGGUUUUCUCUUCUGUGUUGUGUGUUAUUAUACUAUAGGUUUGUUUGGCUGGUGAUUUGUUCACCUGUCUUUUAGUCUUUACAUCCCUGAUCACAUCAAUUCAGUCUGUUUGAAAACUUAAUAAAGAUGAUGGCAUGGAGUUUUAAAA